AUGGUCUACGGCGGGAAGCCCUCAAAGGGCUGUCAGAUGUGCAGAAUCCGCAGAAUCAAGUGCGAUGAAACGCGACCGACCUGCAAGCAAUGCGCAAGGGCACGCAGGACGUGUCCGGGUUACCGUGAUGUGGGCGAUGGAGGAGACUCGUCCCGAAACCGAAAGGCCGCGUCGCACGAAGCAGACCGAAAAGCUGCCGUGUCGCGAGCGGCCGCGAAGCCUCUCGCGCCUAAGACGCAAAGCGGAGAGUCAGACAGCUCAUCGGAGAGCGAAGGAUCCGCGACGCCUGUUCUCAUGAACGAGGAGACCGUCAAGAGCUUGUUGCAGCUGCCUGUGGAAGACCUGGCUUCCUGCCACUUCAUCGCCAACUACGUGCUCAUCCCGCGACAGCACAUACUGAGCACGCGCGGCUUCCUCGAGUUCCUUCUACCGCUGCUGAAGAGCGGCACACGGAUCUCCCAUUUCAAGCAUGCUUUUGACGCGUGUGCGCUCGCGUCUCUCAACAAUCGUGUGGGAAAUGGCAACGAAUUCGAGAAGCAGGCCUUGGGGUCGUACACAAAAGCCCUGGCAGCGACGUUUGCCGCCCUGAAAGACCCAGAAUUGGUGAAGAAGGAUGAAACACUGGCCGCCAUUUUACUGCUCGGCUUAUUCGAGAACAUAUCCGCGAAGAGUCUCGGGAUGAUGGCCUGGAGCUCCCACAUCGAAGGUGCCGUCCAGCUCGUCAAGACUCGCGGACCAGCACAGCUCUCCACAAAGACCGGCAUGGACCUCUUCGUCGCGGUGCGGACGCAAAUGAUCAUCCACUCGCUCAGCACCGGAAAGGCGCCAUCGCUGGACGUGGAUUGGUGGGUCGACGACAACCCAAACAGCGAGUACGGCGUACAUUUCCAGCGCCUCAGCAGCCGGACCAGCGAGCUGAAGAACGAAACGAACCACCUGCUUGCAACCGUCACCAGGACACCAGAAAACACAGAGCUCAUGAAGAAGGCCAUGGAGAAGUGUCAAGAGCUGGACAAGGAGAUUGUUGAAUGGCUGGAAGACUUGCCCGAAAGCUUUCGAUGGAAGACCGUAGCGUGGGAGGACUACAACCCAAAGUGCGACUACUCCAAAGCCGAGGCAUUCCCAGGCCGCAUCGACAUGUACGCGGAUCUCUGGGUCGUCAACCUGUGGAACGUUAUGAGGUGCAUGCGGAUUGUUCUCGCAUCGCUGAUAGUUCGAUUUACGGCAUGGAUCAUCUCACCGGCGGACUACCGAACGACGCCCGAGUAUGCCGCCAGCGCCAGGGUGUGUGUGGAGGCCAUUGCCGACAUCAUCGCUUCCGUCCCGUAUCAGCUCGGCUGGUUCGCGAAGCACCAGGAUCUCCGGGAGCGUGCUCAGCUGUCUGGAUUCGCGUGCGGGGAGGAUGACGCAGAGAAGGGUCUGGCUGGUUACUUUUUGCUGUGGCCAUUGACGUGCAUCCAGGGACAGGACUACCUGACUGAUGCGCAGAGGACCUGGGUCAAGGGGAGACUCAAAUGCAUCGGCAACCAGAUUGGCGUUCGGUACGGAAACAUGCUCUCGCAGCUCAACGUUCGGAUGCCGUCAAUGCUCAUCCUCAGAGAUCGCCUUGUCAACAACCCGCACAGCACUCCUCCUGCAGACAUGGCCAGCUUCCUCGCCAGUCAGGCAGCCGCUGCCAAAGCCGAAGGUACGGCUGCCCCGAGCGCGCCUCCGGGUCCAACCUGGAGGCCGCCCUCGCCCGACAAACACGACAAGCAGGAAGCAGCACUGAGAAGGGUGAUUCAGCGUCAGACGGAAGAGCUCAAGAAGAAGGCAGUGGAUAGGUCAGCAACGAUGGACGAAUGGACAGUCAAGCAAUGGCUGCAGCUAUAG